AUGAGUGAAGAGAAGAGUUUGGCUUCUGCAUCCAAAACAAUCACAAAGAAACCUUGUUCUUGGAAAUAAAUGUUUCGAAAGAAGAAUUCUGAAGAACAAAAGAAGAAAGAAGAAUUAAGAAAGUUAGGAGAAGAAAUAGCCAAAACUGAAGAGUUUCUCUAAAAUGCUUGGGCUAUUGUUGCUAAAAUCAUAAAUAACAAAUCUCAUCUUAACUAAAAGAAAUCAUGA